UAUCUUUGAUGUCAUAUCUGAUUUCGUUUGGGACAUUGACAUUAGAGGCUGCAUAGACUAUUUGUGAUAGCCCGAGCGAUUUAAUGAUAAAAACUUUUCCAAACAGGGUCAAAUUUCUUGCUUUCCAUAAAUCCAGUUUUGUCUGUAAUUUCUGAAUUUUUAAAUCGAAAUUAAAGUGCUGGUUCUUGUUUUCAUCAUAGGAGAAGUAUACCCCUAAGUUUUAAACAGGUUGGUUUACCCAUCCUAAUUGUAAUGGCUUAGAGAGAUGGUACCAAAUCUACCGACCGUGUCAAGAGCGUGUUCUACAGAAGUAACGUCUGCACAGAAUAGGUUAGUGUCAUCUGCAAAUUGACUUAUUUUAACCUCGUUUACAAAUAAAUUAAUCCCUUUGAUUUCGACUGUCUGACGAAGUCUGUUCGAUAAUAUUUCGGACCCAAGCAUGAAGAGAUACGGGGAUAGCGGACAACCUUGUCUGACCCCCCUUGUUGGUUUAAACCAUUUCGUUUAUGUCAGCAUUUUUGUGGAGAUUUAAGGCUAAUUAUCUCGAAAAAAUGCAUAGCUACCCCAAUUUUUCUCCAGGGAUUCCAGUAGCCCUUACAAAGAUCUACUUUUUUCGCGUGGUCCUAACCUGGCGCAAAAACCUUUGUAUUUAGUAGGCACCGUCCUCUGAAGACGCAACGGGGAGACACGCUUAGAGCCCGCGUUAUUCAGCAACAGCAGUCUGUUGUCAAACAAAAAUGGCGGAGGACGUAAACAACGACUCUCCUCCUUCGAAAGUGGAAGAACGCAAAAUCGUGGUGGAGUUUUGUCAACUACAAGAGAAAUCACGACAGCUUUUUAACGCACUGAGAGACUUGCCACAGUUCGGACACAAGCACUGGCAGACUCAUUUUGGAAAAACUUUUGAUGUCUAUACUAGGCUGUGGAAAUUUCAGCAGAAGUACAGGUCUAUUUUGGACACUAAAUAUAACCUGAAAAGAUGGCAGAUAGGAGAAAUUGCAUCCAAAAUUGGACAACUUUACUAUCAUUACUACCUUAGGACAAGUGAAGCAAACUACCUUCAUGAGUCCUUUGGGUUUUAUUCUGCCAUCCGCUCCAGGGCGUACUACAGUCAAGCAAGCAAGGAAGAAAAGCCAGAUCUGAUGGUGAAAAAGCUUCGUUACUAUGCGCGCUUCAUUGUUGUCAGUCUUCUUCUUAAUAAGGCGGAUCUUGUCAAGGAAUUAAUACAGGAACUCCAUCACUAUGUAGAGGAAUAUGUGAAUGUGUAUGAAGCUGACGACGAUGAAGAGUGGAGGCUGGUGAUUAGUGAAGUCACGGCUUUUAUGGAGGCAGACUCGCUGGUGACAGUGAUGACCCCGGAUGUUGUUCCCGUGACUCUUUCACACAGGAUGGGAGAAAACGAAAUUCCACCACAAAGACCGGUCAGUGGUACGUCGUUAUCUUUGCAGGAGAUCAUUAUCGUGGGAAACUGUGAGAAGCAGGUCAAAUUCAGCGAGUUGACACUGGACAUGUUCCGAAUGCUGCAGGCCCUAGAGAGAGAACCCGAGGACGCCCCGUCACGUACCUUGGCCACUUUCACUGAAAUAUCUGACGAUGAUAGGGAGACCAACGAGAUCGAGCGGGCGUCAUCCAAGAGACCGAAUCCUCAUAAAUACCUUUUGUAUAAGCCAACGUUAUCCCAGCUGCACGUGUUUCUGGCCUGCGGUGUUAAGGAACUUCCUAACAGUGGCGUUAUGUUGGUGUAUGUGUCUGGUGAUGGUUGUCCUGGAAACGCAAAGGCUGGAGAAGAAGGUCCGUACGAGCAAGGAGGAGUUGCUAUGAAUCAUAAAAAGGCGGGAAACGAAGAGGCCGCGAGGCGCCCGAGGACUAACCUGAAGGAUGUACACUGUCUGUACCCAGAGGACCUUGUGCCCUUCAGUAGGAAGCCACUGAUGAUAAUAGUGGAUAGCUCAAACAGUCAUGCUUUUAAGUACUUUCCAAGUUUGUUUGGGCAACCGCUAAUCUGUUUGAUGUCACCUGUCACUGUUCCUACCACCAUGCAAGUGUACUCCGAUGUGUUGACGCAAUUAAAUGUUUUCUUGGCGAAGCUUUGUAUCUUGAUCAUUCCUUCCAUGACUCAUUGCCAGGUCAAAUUCAGCGAGUUGACACUGGACAUGUUCCGAAUGCUGCAGGCCCUAGAGAGAGAACCCGAGGACGCCCCGUCACGUACCUUGGCCACUUUCACUGAAAUAUCUGACGAUGAUAGGGAGACCAACGAGAUCGAGCGGGCGUCAUCCAAGAGACCGAAUCCUCAUAAAUACCUUUUGUAUAAGCCAACGUUAUCCCAGCUGCACGUGUUUCUGGCCUGCGGUGUUAAGGAACUUCCUAACAGUGGCGUUAUGUUGGUGUAUGUGUCUGGUGAUGGUUGUCCUGGAAACGCAAAGGCUGGAGAAGAAGGUCCGUACGAGCAAGGAGGAGUUGCUAUGAAUCAUAAAAAGGCGGGAAACGAAGAGGCCGCGAGGCGCCCGAGGACUAACCUGAAGGAUGUACACUGUCUGUACCCAGAGGACCUUGUGCCCUUCAGUAGGAAGCCACUGAUGAUAAUAGUGGAUAGCUCAAACAGUCAUGUUUUUAAGUACUUUCCAAGUUUGUUUGGGCAACCGCUAAUCUGUUUGAUGUCACCUGUCACUGUUCCUACCACCAUGCAAGAGCAAAGUCGAAAGGGAAGUCUCUUCUCGUUAUUUCUCUUCAAUCCGCUGGUGGCCUUCUGUUACGUCUGCAGUAUUGCCGACCUUCGUAGCGACUUGUGGGAUAGCUGUCAGCGGCAAGUUCGACGAAUAAUGAACGACAGUCUCCGAGUAUUUUACGACUGGUCUCGAUAUGUUGAUGUUGUUUUUAUUCAGCUUCUCGAUGACGAGUUUCUUCGUCUAAUGAUUCUUCGUUAUAUCUUCUGUUUCUAUACCAUGCAUCUUCAUCGGGCAUUUAAGGGUUCCGACUACUAUCCGAAAAGCUUCCCUAAACUUCCAGCCGCAGAAAUUCUUCUCAACGGCAGCGUAGAAAAACAAGUUCUUGAACUAGCCUCCAUGUUGGACGUACGAAGUCUGUUUUACGAGAUCGGAGAAGGACCUCCAACGGAUUAAGAAUUAUCGUGCACGAACAAGCGUGUUGACAAACGCUAUGGACGAGGGAAUGAUCCACAAUGCGCAAAAUGUUGGCAACGAAUUUCUUCUGCACUGGAGGCAGAGGUAACAAUGUGUGGGAAGGGUUUGGAGGCAGGCGAUGUUGCGGUCAACUAUCGCUCUGUAUUGUUCAGGGGGGAAAAGGCUUUUCUAGAGAGUGCAUCAUGGGAAGGAGUGUUAGAGAAAACUCAGGCUGGAACAGAGCUUGAAUCCCAAAACAGAGACAGACUGCUAAUUGUCCUCAAAUCUCAAUGAAACAGUUUUUUUGUACAAAGAGUAGAUUGAUUAGCGGGGAAAAUUUCAGGGGACUUCACAUCAUCCACUUAACGACAAACCAAAGAAACAGAGGCUUUGGUAAUUUGAUUAUUUUGGGUUUAAUAUAGGAUAAAUAUACGGUUCGCAUUUAUCAUCUUAUUGUCAUUACCUCAGAUACAGACGUGGACAUUUUUGUAGUCAGUGGUCAUGAAGUUUUUUUAUAUCAGUCUUGAAUAGGAGCUGGGCUUCUAAGAAAAAUAAAUUUUGUAUAUUACCUUGAAAAUAUUUGGAAGACAGUCACGCGUACUGCGAACACGUGAAAUAAGUGAAAUGAUAUUCGUAGUGUGCAAGCAUUUUAGGUUAACACUACAACCUGAAAAAGAAUCACUACGUUGUAGCCUUGAAUUUCUGUCACGCUAUAAAAGCCAUAGUCACUCUUUGGGUUCGUCACACAAGGCGUUCCUUCCCUCGUCGGGUGGAAAGAUUGCGUGACGAGGCCAAAAAGUGUCUGCGUGGGAGACUAAAAAAGCCAUUACUUAUAAUAAGUUGCUUGCCUUCAUUUAGUUCAAUAUUGUAUAUUCGCAUACGCCAAUCUGAAAUAAAAUUUUAUUUUUGAUUAUUUA